GAUCAUACCAUCGUGGGCAGUAUCUUUCAGUGGAGGAUAGUGGUUGGGUUAGGUGUGUUUUGGCUGUGGCGCAGUUGUCCCUCCCACUACCUAGGUACCUAAGGUACCUAACCUAGGUGGCUUCGGUAGGUACAUCUUAGCCCCUGCCAGGUUAGCUGCGACUUGUAAAUACUUACUAUAGGUACUGAUCCUGUGCCUGCCUCCGGCUGUUCAGGUCGCCACAGUUGAUGAGACAAGUUGGGGUAGGUAGGUACCUACCACCUGUAGCGUUCCAGUACACUAAGCCACAAUUUAAACUUUGGCAGCGGCAGCCGUCUCAUCUCAUCUCAUCAAACGACGUGAGACCGUGUCUGUCUUAUUCAUCCGCGCAACUACAUGCCGUCUUUUCCAUCUCUCUCAUCUCUUGUUUCAACAAUUUGGGCAACUCCUCAUCCCAUUUCCCUCUUGUACCGGUACUAUAGCUCGGUCUUGGCAUUGGCGACUUUGCAAUUCGCGCAUCUCUUUUGCCAUGUCCGACCAAUCAGACAGUGAGGACCAUCUGUCAUGGAAUACUGUCGAGUCCCUCAGCGACCAGGACUCCGAUGAAUCGGAAACAGAUAGAGGUGAGGGGCUAUUUGACAUGGAAGCAGAAGAAUCUGAUGGCCAUGGUGAAGACGAAGACGAAGAUGAGGAUGAUGCUCGUUCUGAUAACCACCUCCACUUCUUCCCGCAGUUCUCUAGCUUACCGGCUGAGCUUCGUGCCAUGAUCUGGGAAUCUGUUGAUCCCUACUUGAAAUCCAAGGGAAGGGUCUUAGCCUUGAACAUGGUCAAAUUCCCCACACCCGAUAUAUGGGAGUCUGCGCUCUUAGCAGAGCAAACCGCCCCAGCACGGGCGCUUCUCGCUGCUUCCAAGGAAUCUCGUGAUAUAGCUUUAAAACACUACCCAAAUGUCGUUCGGAUACAACGUGGGUAUGUUGACAUCCGCUUCAAUAGUGCCAACGACAUUAUCCUCCUCCACCCUCGCGAACAGCAGCCUCCAGAUGUAAGAAACUUCGCAUCCGAUUUACAGCAAGUCAAGUACCUCGCCUUUGACUACUCCUUUAUUGAUCCGGAUUCUCACGACGACUUAUUUCCUGGCCUAGAGAGUCUUCCGCCUCUACUCGAAAACCUCAGUGCUCUUUUUUGCUGCUUUCAGGCAAACGAAGUCAAGCGUCGUGAUCUGACAUGGUCAGUGUCAGAGUCUUCCAAGCAGUUCUACAUGGAGAUGUUAGAGAACCUGUCUUAUAGAGACGAAGUGCUCAAGAUAUUGUAUGCUUGGCCUGAUCCGAAUCUGGACCAAAACAAGGCAGACUGCGUUGGCGAGGAGUGCGUGCUUCAAUAUCCAGCCAUGGCCAAAAUCAGCACCCCUCCUAUAUGGCCAUUAGUAGAGUACUCAUUUGACAGCGGCAUCGAAUUGUACGAGAAGGUGAAACGACGUUGCGCAAGGAAGGUGGAUAAGGCGGCUAAAGCUGGUACUGCGUCUCCAUCGUCUUCUGAAUCAUCGGAAGGAGAAUCUUUCUAUGAGUCUGAGUCAGAUGACUAUGAACUGGAUGGCUUCAUCGUCGACAAUUCCUCAGAAGGAAGCGAAGAACCCAGCGAGGAUGGAAGCAUAUUAAAUGGAGACAUGGUUGAUGAUGACACACGAGUCGAGGAUGAUCCUGAUGUCUUCAAUGGAUUUUCGCCACUCGAGGAAGAGGACAGUCAUGAUGAAGCAGCUGAUGGUUUACCGGGAACUAUCGCUGUCAAUCACGACUAUGAAUCCGAAGAAGAGUUGUCGGACGAGCAAUCCGCUGGAGAGGAACCACAACCCACAACACAAACCGAUCGACGCAAGCGUAUGAUUAUUUCUUCGGACGAUGUAGAUGAUGGGGAAGCUGGUAAUGAAGAGCCUGCUACGGGACCUCCUAGGCGUGCGAACAAACGCGCUCGGGUCGUACUUUCGGACAGUGAAGACGACGAAGAUGGCAACCGAAAUGAGAUUGGAUCCGAGGCGGAAGAAGCAUCCCGGCCAAAGAAACGCACACGCACCGUGCUUCCAGAUAGUGAAGACGAGGAGGAUAAAGAAGAAGAAACCAAAGUUAAAAGACGCAGACGACCUCGGCCCAAGCUGGAUAGCGAUGAAGAAGAAGACGAAGACGAAGUCAACAAUGGUGAGGAAGAGGAUGUAUCAGAGGAUGAAUAUGACGAAGAUGAAGAUGACGAGGAGGAACCAGCUUCAAAACCAAUGUCUCUCAUGGAACGGUUGCGCCAGUUCCGCUCCGACGUCCCAGUCUCUCCUGAAGGCGGGUCGCCGGGUUCAUCUGAGGACUAUGACAGAGCGGAGCGGGACGAAGAUGAUGAUGAAGAACAAGGGCUCUCUGAUGCUGAAUUUCCGGACUCGGCUGCGGAAGAUGGGGAUGAAGAUGGAUGGUAAUGAUUUGGGGGGUUUGAACCUUUCGUGCUUGGGCUGGCUGGGCCCGUUGCUCUUAUAUUUCGCUUCGACAUCGCGGUAUACAUAUAAUAUUUGGCGAUGUGGGUAUAGAGGAGAUUAAUACCGUUGUUGAUUCGUCGUCGGCAUUAUAAGAUUUUAA